AUGGUCCAUGCCGCGUCCGAUGUCAACGAGAAGAGCUACAUCCUGGAUGCGAGAGAGAAUUUCGAGGAUGUCGGCAGCAUCGCAUCGGAAGAAUCCUAUGAUGACAUGAGACGAUUAGUUAGGGAUGAAGGAGUAGAAGACAAGUCCAGCAAAUUCAGCAGCCUGCCGCUCGCGAGUUUCAAUUUCAUCAAUUCCAUCAUCGGCAGCGGAGUCAUCGGAAUACCGUACGCUCUGCAUCAAGCCGGCUUCGGUCUCGGCAUCGCUCUGUUAAUUUUAGUAGCGGCGUUGACCGACUAUUCGUUAAUUCUCAUGGUGCGAAGCGGGCGUAUUUGUGGCGAGAUGAGCUAUCAGGGUCUGAUGCGAGCGAGUUUCGGUCGCGCCGGUUUCUACAUUCUUACGAUAUUGCAGUUACUCUAUCCAUUCAUAGCAAUGGUUUCAUACAAUGUCGUCGUCGGUGAUACAGUGACCAAGGUUCUAAUAAGAGUGACAGGGAUGGACGAGACGAACAUUCUCGCUCAUCGACAAGUCGUCAUCCUCCUGGCAACCUUAUGCAUCACCGUGCCGCUUUGUCUGUACAGAAACGUCGCGCGAUUAGCAAAAAUCUCCUUCCUCUCUCUAGUCUGCGUUGGAUUUAUUCUCCUCGCCAUCUUCGUCCGGAUGGACACAAUGUCUGCCUUGGUUCCGAGUCAGAAGGACAGCUGGAGAUUCGCCAAUUUCCCGGGGAUCGUUCCGUCCGUCGGUAUAAUGGCGUUCGCCUUCAUGUGCCAUCACAAUACCUUCCUGAUUUACAGCUCAAUUGAAAGAGCGACCCAAGAGAAGUGGGAUAUCGUGACACAUUGGUCCCUCUUCACGUCUUUCCUGAUCGCCGCGGCUUUCGGAAUCGCCGGUUACGCGACCUUCACGUCGUAUGUUCAGGGCGAUCUCAUGGAGAAUUACUGCUGGGACGACGAUCUGAUGAAUUUCGCUAGGGUGAUGUUUAGCGGCACCAUACUGCUUACCUUCCCCAUCGAGUGCUUCGUUACGCGCGAGGUACUCAUGACAGCAAUAAAAGGCACAGACGAAUUGGAGGGACACGAGGCUUAUGUGCCUAAUUCGGACCGCGAGUACCUGAUAAUCACCUUGACGAUAAUAUGCAUGGCAUACCUGAUUUCCAUGUUGACGGAUUGCCUCGGCAUCGUUCUCGAGUUGAACGGAAUCCUCGCCGCGGUGCCGCUCGCUUACAUUCUACCCGGUCUCUGUUAUCUCAAGCUCGAAGAGGGGCCGGUCCUCUCGUCCAAGAAGCUUCCGGCGCUCGGCCUGAUGACCGCCGGUAUUCUGGCUGCGCUCUCCGGUCUUUUACUGAUUAUAACCAACACUUGCUCUGGUACCUGCUUUCACGGCAAGGUAAUGCCGUAUUGCGUCGGCAAUUCGACGACGACGCUACAUCUUAACGAGACCACAAUGUCCACUGACAACUUCGUUCUCACGGAAUGCGGGAUCUAAGAUUAACGGAUGAGUACGGUAAACCUUUAACUGUUAAUCUGCCAAAUUGCCGAAUGAAAGUAUAAUAUGAUUAUAAAUGUCACAGGAUAAAUAACGCAGACAUUAUUUAAAUUGUCAGACGGAUAAAAUAAGAUACUACGUUAUGUAUAUGCAUGAUAAUACUAAAUCGAAAAAUUGGGACUUGAUAUUGGCUUAUCAAUAUUCCGCAUUUUGACGCGAUAUAUUCGAUACAUAAUUUCGAAAAUCUUGAAACGUGAAAUUUUAUAUAUCACCAACUUGCGAGAAAAAGAGUAGAAAGGUUUUACAAGAUUAAAUAAAGCAGGACUUUAUCUAGGAAAAAAAUAUAUCAUUGAAAAGAUUAUAAUAUAUCGUCGUUACACGAAAAUAAAAUUGCGUAAAUCAGGUUUAAAGAGAAUAGCGACACUAUUGGGUUUAUAGAAAAUAGACGUUAUAUUGUAACGUCUUAAAUGACGUUAUGGAAACAUUUUAUGCUCCAAAAUAGACUUUAGUAUUAAAUAUGUGAGACGUAAAUUUAUAGAAAAAAAGGAAUAUUAUUAUUUACAUUAAUA